AUGUCUAGCUUUUCCGUUGUCCAGAUUGUUGUCUUGUUCUCGGUUGUGGCGGGGAUGUCCGCCUCAGACCACGGUCCUAUCUUCCACACGCAGUACGGAGACGUGCGGGGCGUGUACAUAGAGGAAGGCGCCUUCGUCCUCGGUCUACCCUUCGGACAACCCCCGGUUGGCGAGCUCCGCUGGAAACCUCCGAAGCCGUUUACGGGAUCGUGGGCACCCCACAUCCGCGACGGCAGCGUACCGGGCCCGGCAUGUCCACAGAUCGGCUGCGGCCCGGACGAUGAAGACCCUCAAUUCGUCUGUCCCCGAGACGGCAAACUCAGCGAGGACUGUCUGUAUCUCAACAUCUUUAUUUCACGGACCAUCCUGACGAACUCUACCGUAAGGCUACCGGUUUUGGUCUGGUUCCAUGGCGGUGGUUACGAUUCAGGUACCGGUUCUGCCCUGUCUUAUGACGGUCGCUUUCUGGCCAAUAAAACAAACACCGUUGUCAUGACAACCAACUAUAGACUCGGGGCUCUGGGUUUCCUGGUGGCCGGCGAGGGGGAAGACGCCCCGACAGGUAACUACGGAACAAUGGAUCAGAUCCAGGCCUUAAAGUGGGUACAGGAAAACAUCGGUGAUUUCGGUGGAGACAAAGACCACGUCACCAUUUUCGGACAGAGUGCAGGGUCCGAUUCAGUCGGCAUUCACAUGACGUACAACGGUUCUGCCGACUUGUUCGAAAAGGGCAUCAUGUCGAGCGUACCUUUCACCAUCUAUCACAAGUCUCGUGCCGACGCCGUGCGACUCGGAAACCGCUUCGCCGAACUGCUGAACUGCUCGGCCGGCGACGUCAAGUACUAUCGGCCUGUCUUAUCCGUGGCUGUGACGGACUGGGUCUGGGCCUGUCCAACCCGUAACGUCAUACGGAACGCCAUCGCCGGUGGAAAUUCCGACGUCUGGCUCUACGUCUUCGACCAUGUUUUUUCUAUCAAACACACUUGGGGCAACUCUACAUGCUGUUUUACCCACGUCUGCCACGCCUCGGACAUUCCGAUUGUCUUCCAAUCCGCACCGCUGGCAAACCUCAGUCUGACCGCCGACGAACAGGUCCUGGCCGACACCAUCGCCUACCACUACGGGAACUUUGCGCACACAGGAGAUCCAAACAAACCUAACGAACAUCUCCCCCGUCCCAACCUCAACAUACCAGAUAACCUGAACUGGCCAAAGUACAACAAGGACAACGGGUUUCCUAUCCUGAACAUGACGACUCCACAGAACAUACUGAUGCACGACUAUCGGAAGGACAAGUGCGACUUUUGGGACAGAGAAGACAUUUACACCUGA